CUUCCAGUUGAUAGUCGAGCAGCUCCACAACGAACUGUGGUGAAGUUUCUACCGGGCCGUAACGCCGUCUUUCCCCGGCCGUCCUCCGGUGAUCCUCCGCGAUGUUCGGCUGUCUGGUCGCCGGCCGGUUGGUGCAGACGGACGCGGCGCAGGUCGCCUCCGACAAGUUCGUGUUCGACCUGCCGGACUACGAGCACGUGAACCACGUGGCAGUCUUCAUGCUGGGCACGGUCCCGUUCCCCGCCGGCUCGGGCGGUGCCGUCUACUUCUCGGUCCCGGACCCGAAGUGCGGGGGGCCGGUGUGGCAGCUGCUCGGCUUCAUCACCAACGAGAAGCCGAGCGCCAUCUUCCGGAUCUCCGGGCUGAAGGCCGGGGAGGUGGGGGGAGCGCACCCCUUCGGCUCCUCCUCCUCCUCCGUGGCUCAGGUCGGGGUCUCGGUGGAGGCUCUGGACCAGCUGGCCCAGCAGACCCCGGAGUCCGGGUCUGCGGCGCCCACCGGGGACUCGUUCCUGCACUUCGCGCAGAAGACGCUGGACAGCUUGUACAACUUCGCCGCGUCGUUCGCCGUGACGCAGGCGCAGAUGACGCCGAACCCGUCCGAGACCUUCAUCCCGUCCAGCUGCGUCCUCAGUUGGUACCAGAACUUCCAGAGGAGGAUGAGCCAGAACCCGAACUUCUGGAAGACCUGAGCCUCCAGACAGUGUGUCCUUCCCACGGGGUCAUUGAACGCAGCAUUUAUAAUAAACACAAACAAUAACUACCAUUUUUUAAGAUGAAAAGCAUCAAAUUAAAACCUGUUUUCUGUGUGGCUUUAUUUCAAUAAAUGCAAAAAGAGUAUUUAGAAAUAAAAUAAACUUUUUCUUUUUAAGAGCA